AUGUCCCGCGUAAGCAUCGUUGAAUUAUCACCACCAGGCUCCAGCGAGACCUUGGAGGGGCACGUUCCCACUGCCCGGGAAGCGGAGAGGCUCGAGUCGGAGAUAACCACACUGGCUACAUGGUGCGAGGUCAAACAGCAACAGAGGGAGCCUCUUGCUCCUUGCACCGACGAGGACCGUGGAGACGACGACCUGGAGGGAGAUUCAAGAGAUGGGUGCACAGAUCGCCACAAUACGCUAUCCGACGAUAGCAACGGGGCCAGAAGUUUGAAGAGCUUCCUCGACCGACUGGCGGAGCUUCUCUGCUACAAGAAGGACCCUACAUUGAUUACGAGCACGGCAAUAGUUCACAAUGAUGAAGAGGCGACUAUCGUAGCUGCUCGAAACUCAUAUUCGCACGUGCCGACUUGGUCCGAUAAGGAUACCAAGAUUCUUGAAUGCUUCGCCCAAGUCCUCGAGAUAUCCUCCUCUGAUCCGGACAAGUUGGAUUCAGCCAUGAUUUCCAAAUUGUACAGGACCUCAGUGGAAUAUUACGAUCCGAGAAUCCGCCAUCACGUCAAAUCCAUGGUAUCCGUCGAAAAUGGGACGACCGGGAUAGAAUUCUUCAGGGGAGACGGCUGCUGUGGUAGGUUCAUUUCGGGGGAAAUCGAUGCUUUUGCCUUUGCCAAGAUGGUCGAUCGUGUGUCUCAUCACGACCGGUUCAAUACCAAAUUGGAGGCCAGCCUGGUGCCCAACAAGCUUCGCCGUGUCCGGGAAGAGCUGGAAUUCAUCAAAAGGCCAGCAAGCAGCCUCGACGUGGCCGUCAAAGUUGCUCGAGAAUACAGCGGGUUUCGGCACACCAGGGUCCUGCUGAUCAAAAGCCUCCCGGCAAGGAAAGUCAAGGCAUGGAAAUCCUUGGAUGAACCGACUCUGGGGUUCGCAGGUAUCGACAUAGCCCAGCGCUUGAGAAAGAAGUUUGACGACAGAGUUAGGAGGCCUAAGAAUAUACACGCAGAGAUGGUGCUGAUGGCCUAUCUUCUUGGUUCUGGGAGAUCCACCCCAGGGACCUCGUUCCCCUAUCUAGGAGUAAGCAAAAAGACUUGUCUCCUGUGCGGACACAUUUUACGGGAGAUGGGACGGUUCGAAAGUCGAGGAAAUCACGGGAAAUGCUACUCUCAAUGGACGCUUCCGCCAGCACUGUGGUCCAGACUAGGAACCGAUGACAGGCUCCGCACGGCUGCAAGUCGUCUGGGAAGUGCUCUUCGGGAGGAGGGGCUGAAAAUCGAAGCUCCUCGCAGGGAUGCAGAAAAAGAAUCGGUCAUGGCAGCUCAGCUUCCACCCAGGUACGAACACAGCGAGACGCUUUACAACAUCGCCUCCGGGAGCCCCGGAAACGCCGAGAGGGAGGCAGAGUGGCUCGCCAGGAUUCGCAGGCGCCACAGAGAAGAGGUAUCCGGACAUAGUCUCUCCACCACCCAGGGCAGCGAUGAGGCGGCGUCGACAGUAGAGAAUACCGAAGAUGCCGGAGGUGAAUGCAGGAAGAUCGAAUCCGGGGGUCCAACAGCUUGCGCCUUCUGCAAGGAAACCUACAAGCUCACCUACACGUGUCAAAAGUGCGAGGCGGCCACCUACUGCGACAUCGACUGCUAUCAAUCCGACCGGCACCGGCACAAGUUCAGGUGCAGCUUGGGCAGGCCAAUAGAUGCAACGGACUACCUGAUCCUUUCCUGCCACGACGUCGAGUUUCCCCAGGAAAACGAGGUUUUGCAACAGUACGGCUUCGAGUGUUUUGCCUCGGCACACGAUAAGCAGAGACUCUUUGAUAUUUACCAGGGGCUUGUAGUCCAUUCGGUCGUCGACGAGGAUGACCUGCGCAGGGCGAUGGAACAAGACAGGCUCAAGGAAUUACUCGUGUCUCGGUGCCGCGGGACCGGCAUGGUGCACGACGUGCGGUGGCUGGAAAACGAGGAGGGGUUCAGAGCCAACGGCCAAGGUCAAGGCGUCGACUACCUCCUGAGACGAGCCGUAUGGGAGCUUCUGAGCCCCGACGACAGGGCGGUACCCUUCAUGCACGUUCAGCCUCGGGAGAAGCGCCGGGCAGUCCUCUUCUAUUCCCAGAUCCGCAACGGGUACAAGCCAGGUGCGGACGAAGACAACUGGAUCUCUCUCGGGUUCUGCACGGCUGCCGAUGACGCGUCCGAACAGCUACUUGCUCGAGCAUAUGCACUUCUCGUCUCGAGGUGCACAUUCGACGAGUUCUGGAAGGCCAUGGCGGAGUCCCGCAUGGUGCAGCUGUUUGAAAAGUACGGGCUCGCGGAUCCAAUACUGCACAUGCGCCACUUUCGGGGCUUGAUGGCCGUGGUGCGGAGAUGGUACCAGAGCGUAUGGGAGCUGAAGCGGUUCGUAUACACGGACGCGGCUCAUCCGUUCCGCGCCGUGCAGGUCGACUACGGAUUCAUGAACUGCGAGGAUGCGCGACAACGAAUGCAGCUCAGACGGCUGUACCGUACGUACUUUGACCAGGGGCAGGACGAGAUAAGUCUCCACGAGGCGUGCGUUGCCGGAAACCUCGCGCCCUUUCUCGAGUCGGCCCUCGGCAGACGCCUGGCAGUGGACCCGAUGCUUCUGUUCAAUUAUUACCCUCUGGACGAUGGCUACCCCUUGAUGGGCAUGGUGGCCGAUGAUGUCACGGUAUGUCCGGAGUCUUCUCUAGACCAUGUCCGUGCCAUGCUGGAAGCGGAGGGGAAAGGCGUGGUCAUGAUAACCGUGCCGGACUCGGCCGAUGAGUCGAUGCAGAGCUCCUUACGCGACAGAGCUGCCUUCCUCGGAAGAGAUGUGAGAAGACGGAAUUUUUCUACACCAGACGGUCAGCGUGGAACGUGGUUUACUUGUAGUUAA